UAUUUGACUUGGCUUGGCGAUUGCUCAUCACCGAGUAUACUUGAUACGGAGUAUUGCUACCUUGGUGGUAUUGCACUGGCGAAUCCCCCCUUGGAAAAUAUGCGCAUUGCCGGCCACGUCCACUGCCGGAAUUUCGGCUCCGUAGCAAUUACGCAGCACUGCCGCUGCGGCCGAGUUCAUGUACGAAGGCUUCAUGUAGCCGGUCUUCUUUUUGUUCUUCGCCCUCUCAUUAUGAUGCUUCAUACCGCCAGAGGGGCUGUGGCAUAUACGAAGUACUGUGCAUACAGGCAGAGGAUUCCGUGCCAAUGGUCAAGGCCAGAGAUCAUCCAUCCUCCACACUAGGAUGGAGACGCACCACCUCCGUGAGGCGUUUCAGGCCGUUUGUCCCAAGCAGCUCAGUCUCAUGGGGGUCGAAACCUGGAGUGCCGGGGGGCGCGGCAUACUGGCAACUAGCAGGUUCCGUGAAAUUGCACUUGCGGCCAACCAUGUCUCCCCAUGCACCCGUAUACUGCUGAUACACUUACACCCUUUCCAAGGCCUACCUUGCUAAAAUGAAAAUGACGCGCCUUAACUCUUGUGUCCAUCCGUAUUGUCAUUUUCCCCCCUACCACUAUUUUUUCGCGUACCGAUUUGCAUGCUCUCUCGCCGCACACUCUCUUCUCUCUUCAUUUUCAAUCUCUAAUCAUCGAGCCUCAAGAGGCCCGUAUGUAAGCAGUGGAGCGACUACUCUCGUUUG